AUGCCUGAGGACGGGCUUGACGCGUCGUGGCAACCCACUCCUGAUCCAAGGGACAUUGUUAUACCUGGUGUUGAUCCAGAUUUGCCCAUAACGGUUCAGACAGAGCAGAUAGAUCAACUUAUUACUCUCAAACUGCAGAAUAUAGAUAAAAACUUUGCGAAAUGUCAUCAAAUCAUAACGACUAAAGUCCUUCCUUCUCUAAAGAAGUACUCUGCUGGGAGCCAACCGACUAGAGACGCGGCCAAGUUUUGGCGUGGCUUCUUCGAAGCAGCAGCCCAAAUUCGCGUAUCCGUCGAGGAAGAAGGGGUGUCAACCCUUGGCGAACGCACGCCAAACGAGGCUUCAAAUGAUGCGAAUAAGACCCCCCAGCCAGGACAAGUAUAUCACGAUGAUACUACCGAUGGCAGCGAUAUCACCUUCCGACGCGGAGCUGUCUCUUCUACUCCGCAAGUCCAAAAGUUCUCGCACGUGGCGGACAGUGUCGAUCGCUCAGUCGAUACCAACGGCUCUUGGGCCCGCUCAGUAGAAUCUCCGUUUGAGCGAUUCGACCGUCAAUUGAAGGAUUUGGCCUUUGACGAUGACCAGGAUACUCAAAGUUCUGUUCAACCCGAGCCUGCGCCUACCACAGGGACGUCUCGCGGCGGAAAGCCUCUCCCUAUUCCCCGGUUCGAAAGUGAAGAUUCCAGCAUUUCGUUACCCAGUGCAAGCUCACACCAGCCUUCGACAAGUUCAUCUAGCAUUAUGUUCACCAUCCCCGAUCCAACCCCUCAGCCGGCUCGCACAGCAUCCUCACCAAAUAAAGGAAAGGGAAAAAGGAAGUCUCUUGGUCGCGACUUGAGGCACGAAGUUCUCAAAUCCAAUCUCAUGAACACCGCGAAACCUGGUUCGCGCUGGAACGGAAUCACCGACAUUCGUAGCAACGCAUCGAGUUCGGAACCCACUGUUUCAACUCUUCCGGACGAGAGCUUUGAAGAAGAAACUGUACGAAAACCUCACAUUCCUCUUCAGCCUUAUUCACCCUCUCGGAAUCGCGAGACACUUCAGCGUACUCCCUCAAAGCAAGCGGCUGCUAUGCUGGUUCGUAAUGCACUUUCCAGGGCGGGAGGUUCGGACCGAAGUAUUACUUCGGGCGAUACUUCUGUGAUUUCCAGCGUCGCUCCUAGUACUUCGUCUAGUACGCGAAAUUACGGGGUCGCUCAGUCUUCUAACAGCAGCGCGUCAACCUUAGCAUCAAAACCAAACCCAAUCCGUGGGCUAUUCGGGCUCUCCCCCGAAGAUCUCAAGGGAUCAAGUCUGCUUGGUGGGUCGAAACAGCAGCAGCCGGAGAGUCAACCGGAAAGAUUCACUGGGCCACCCAAGCGCAUUUAUGCAGAAGAAUCGCCCCUCAAAUGGCAAGAUGAUUCUGGGCUGGUUUCGGCCGCUUCAUAUCACAUCCCCCGCCACAUCGACACCGGCGAGGACGAAUCUUUUGAUCGCUCUCGUUCUACAGACUCUUCUUUUGAUAACGAUGAGACUGAGUACGGUGCCGGAUACAAUCAUCCUCGUUGGGCCGACGACGGGGACCAGGAUUUAUCAGGCAGACAUGGUUCCGAAGAGGAUGAUGAAACAAUAUUUGGAGCACGGGAAAUCGGUUCGGCGGCAUCUCAAGCUCGAACCAACGUGGCUGCUAUGGGGGCUAGGUCUUCCCAUAUGUUUGCACUACCCGACGUAACCGCAACAUACUAUGGAGGCCGGUUGGAGGAUGCGGCGGGGGACGAAAGCCCUACACCAUGGGCGCGUUCUGCGGCGGGCCGUGGACGAUGA